AUGACUUCACAGGAGAAUUCAAGGAUAGACGUAUGGCAGAAGGUGUCUAUUAACAGGAGUGACCGGCCCAUAUUGCUUGAAAACGAGCACAACUUGUGCGUUCGAGAUAACGUAGGGUUAUAUCAAGGUAAACUGAAGAUUAUCAAUCGACAGAAUGGGAGAAUAUAUUUAUCGAAUAAAAGAAUCAUUUACUUGGACAACAAGGAUAAAGGGUUAUCUGUGAGUGUGAACCUUAAUGAUGUAUCACUGGCCAUAUUGGUUGAGAAAUUUUUGAGAUCAUCGCCUAAAGUAAAGGUAUUUUUGAAAUCAGAUAAGCCAGUGCAAACUCAAAAUCCCGGCAUCGAUGAAAUACCAGAAAAGCUUUGUGAUUGGGUAUGCAUGAUAUGCUCUUUUAAUAACCAGGUAUCGAAUAAGGUUGAUCUUGAGGAGGAUAUACCCAGCUGUGGAUCGUGUGGAGUGAAAGCAUCAAAGGCAUUAAUCAAAAGAGCAAUUAGCAAAGUAGAGAAAGGAUCCAAGGCCCCAACACCCAUACCGGCAGUGGUGAAGCAGCAGGAGUUUUCAUCGCCGUCACCUCCGCCUACAGAGACUAAAGACUCCCAAUGUGGGAAAUGUACUUUUAUCAAUCAUCCGCUGAUGAAGUACUGUGAGAUGUGUGGGAGUGAAUUGAGAUCUGGCUUGCCAAUUGAGCUACUGAAAAGAUUACAAAUAAGCCAGGACGUGUUACAAGUGGAACCAAGGUAUAAUAAUCCGCUAAACAUUAAGUUGGAAAAUGAUACUGAAGUCUAUACUAAUAUAAGCCCCUAUAUUAAGUUGAGUUUCAGGAAAGGAGGAGAGGUUGAGUUUUGCCAAUUGUUGAAUGAGGCUCUUGAUACGAUCAAGUGGGAUAGGUUGGUUAGUAAAGGAAUGGUGAAUGAAGAUGCGGUUAAGCUUGAACCAGCCAGACGACAAGAAGAAAAAAUUAGGGGUACUGGGAUUCAUAGUUUAGAAAGAUUGGGAGAACAACAACGGAAGCAAAACGAGUUCAUAUUAACCAGUUCAUUAGAGGAUUUAGAACAAUUAAUGUAUAAGGCACAAGACCUUAUUAAAUUAUCGAGUUCAUUUAGCCGCUUAAUCAAACCUACAAGUAAUAAGUUCAAUAAUACCAAAGUAUUACCACAGCUUAUGAUUAACAAGACGUCUAAUUUAUACCAUCGAGAACUAGCAAGACACAUUAGUGAAUACUUAAUGAAUUUCGAGCUCGUCAAGUCAACAUCCAUGAUAACCCUGCAAGAACUAUUUGCCAAUUAUAACCGAUAUUUAACGAUGACCCAGGGCUUUGGCACUGAGCUUAUUGGUCCCCAGGAUUUCAAUAAGAGUAUUGAAUUAUUUGAAGAAUUGAAUUUACCAAUCAAAUCCAACACCUACUCCAAAUCGGGCUUGGUAGUGAUGAGUCAAAAAUACCAAAAUCAAGAGUUCUCUAAUAUAAUCAUUCAGUUCUUAGCCAAAGAAGAAGAAAAUUUCAAGUACGAAAAGUACAAGAGCGAGCUAUUCAAACAUGGCGAGUUGGUGGAAGAGGAUUUCGAUUACUACUUGCACGAAACUUAUAAUUACUUCAAGGGAAACACCAUUGCUGAUAUAAGUGAUCAUUUCCAUUGGUCCUACGGGAUUUGUAUCGAAGAAAUCGACAAGUGCCUUGAUCUGGGUCUCAUCGUGAUCGAUCAGGACAUUAGUGGGACGUUUUAUUUCAUCAAUAAGUUCCUGGACACCUACACCGAAGACGACGACUCGAUCCUAUCCCGCGUCAAACAAGAUAUUCUCUCCGAGCAAAAACAAAUCAGCGAACAGUUGAAAAUGAACCACGAUUCCGCCAAUAACUUGAUCAACAUCAACCCGCAGUUCCAAUUUGGAAUCGAAAACCAAGCAGAACUACGCAUCAAGGAACUAAACCAAAAACACCCGCCCAUCGGGCCCAGUGACUCGUUGAACGAAUUGGCAGGACUCCAAUUCUAGCCCCAGGGUUUUUU